AUGAAGAUCUCAACAUUGACAUACCUUGGCCUGGCCUCCACUGCCACAUGUGAAAUCACCUGCGGUCUCUCCAGUGGCUACGACCGAGGCGAGAAGGCUUAUUUCUUCAGUGGUGACGGCAGUCUCGCCAACUUCGACGCCUGCUCGGCCCGCUGCCAGUCAGACUCCAAGUGCCAGGCCUUCGCCUUCGACUCUUCCCAAUGCCUCCUCUACGCAUCACCGCUAGACUCCAACUUCCGCGAACAGUCUAACAGCCCGUUCCUGUUCUACGACCGCAACUGUGUGGACGUCAAGGCAACCUCUAGCUUCACCACUACCUUGCCCUCGACCACCGCGCCGGCGGCUGGAGGCGCUGCAACUCCACCUCCCGCCUCGGGAGCAACUCCCACGCCCGGUAGCGGAGGCAGCGGAGGCAGUGGAGGCAACGGCGGGGGGAACGGCGGCAGUGGCGGCGACAGCAGCACUCGGCGCAUCGAACACCGCCUCUUCCGGCUUCUCAACCGCCACCGCGACAGGAACGGGCGCGUCGGCGGGCUCGUCGGCCACCGGCACCUCCUCUUCUGGAUCCGGGUCUGGCUCGGGAUCAGGCUCGUCGACUGCGUCGUCAUCCUCUUCGGGAUCAUCCUCUUCGGGAACCACCACGUCAGGCGCCGCGGCUACGGCGGCUGA